GUAGUUGCUAUCUACCCCUUUCCCCCGCCUUCUAUAUGCGUGCUCGUUUACCUCUGGGAUGGGGUUCCCAUGAAACAACCAGAGGUGUCUGCUACUGAGACUGCCCUCACAGGCCAUACGCGACGCCAUCUUGUACCACUCCAGUUCAUCGGCCCUCUGUCUAGCAGCCUGGCGUCGCAGACUUCACUUUCCGGCACUCAGUUCAGUGCCGAGCUGGUCGCCGUCACGGCUCAUUUCCCUUGGUCAGCGCUCACUGAUUCACCCUGCCCUGGUUGCUUUCGUCCGAAUGAGACUGCGUAUAGCCGCCUUGGCAGCGCCUCCGACGUUGGCAUGGCACCUGGUGGCCGGCGCCCUCUGGACUGGAGCAUACCGGUUUUCCUAUUUGAUGAGCAUGCCAGCUGGGCCCUCGACCAUGUUGCACCCGGGGACAUUCUCCGUCUGAUCAACGUACGCUGUUGCCAACGCAGUCGCUCUCAAUCAUACUGCUCACAUGCAUCACUCAGCCAACCAUUCGGCUGUCCCUUACCACUUCGUGUGCAGUUGGUGCUGCAUGGCAACGGUCAAGCUUACGGAAGACGUGGAGUCAUUGUCUGUACUGGUGCUCAAUUAAAUAGUCAUCUUGCAGCGGGGUGUUCUUCUAACCCACUAAAUUUCAAGACCUUAGUUUCACACAGAAGCAACAAUGUUACAUCGGAUACAUUAAAGAGAGAUUCUACUAAAAAGAUAUCUGCAGAGUCUAUGCCCAUUGCUGGGACAUGUUCAACCACUGUUGUCAAGAGUGGAGCAGCUGGUUCCGCACCUACCACUAGAAUUUCUUCCAGCCGGCUAGGUGUAGCUCCAGCUAUUCAAUCAUCUGUGCAUGCAAGACACGCAUCUCUAGGCGUCUGUGAGGGUUGCAUUCUUUUGCGAUCUGUCAACGCCUACGGUUUGCUCGACCGUCUUUUGGAGGGCACAAGAGAGAGACGUCGUAUCGCCAGGCCACUUAGCAUCCGUUCUGGCGAUGUUUUCAGACAACCAAUUAUGCCCGUAAGUCGUUAA